CACCAAACAUCCAAAUUCUGGCUGCUCAUUCUUCCUAACUCUCUUUAGCAUAUUUAUUUUUGAGAGCGUGAGAGAGAUGAGUUGGGUGGGUGUAUGGCGAGUUAAUAAAUAGAGAGAGUGCGAGCUCGUGGAGAGUCACACAGAUGAAAGCAGAACGAGGAGCUGGAGGGGAGGGAGCCACGGGCAGAUGAAAUAGGGAGAGAUCAAGUGGAAAAAACAAAAGGUAUGAGAUAGAUGUAGUAGAAGGAGCCAGGCGAGAGAAAGAAAAGUGACAGAGAGCAAUAGAAGAGAAGGACCCACCCCACCCCACCCCUCCUGAGCUGAGCUGAGUGCCGGGCUGCGUGAUACCACCGCGGUGAUUUCCCCCCAACGGCUCCAUAGCAGCUUCCGCCACGGAGCCCAGAGAGAGCAAGAGCGGGCUGUGCAGGAGCAGGAGCCUGUUGCCUGGAUACCCCUGCUGUCGCCACGGCGGCAAAAAGCCAGGAUUGAAUCGUGUGUGUGUUUGCUGGCUGGUGCUGCUGCCAUGGGAAAAACACAGCUGGCUGACUGUAUGGAUGGCUCCCUCGCUCGCUUGCUGGCUAACUCGCUGACAUCGCACGUAUAAAUAAGGAAGGAAUCACCCUGAUACAGGGGCUUUUAGAAGAGGAGAGGAGGUGGGAGGCUGGGGGUGGGACGGGGUGACUGGCACUCUGUUUUGGAUGAUGAAAAAAAGCUCUUUGGAAAGAGUAAGAGAAACCUGAGAGAUUACCUUGGCUACUGAGUGAAAGGGAGGAAGCUAGGGGAGACGAGACCCUGAGACAGGAGAGUUGAGGAAGGGGAAGGCCGAUAGAGGAGUGGGGCUGGCUGGGUUAGUUCAGCAGGAAGGGGGGAGGCAGCAGCUUGCAGGCUGUGUGGAGCCAUGCAGAUCCAGUCUUUUGGUCCACAAUCCAAAGCCUCCAGUUUCAUCCUCAGUCACAGAUGUGUGCUGGCCUCCAAAAUGGAAAUCCACCGGUACGUACCUGCUGUCACAGAGUCAUUCAAUGAACAGAGUAUCUGCCAGGCGCGAGCCGCUGUCAUGGUGUACGACGAUGCCAAUAAGAAGUGGGUCCCAGCUGGUGGUUCCACGGGCUUCAGCAGAGUCCAUAUCUACCACCAUACGGGCAACAACGCCUUCCGCGUAGUGGGACGCAAGAUCCAAGAUCAUCAGGUGGUGAUAAACUGUGCCAUUCCCAAGGGGCUGAAGUACAAUCAGGCCACGCAGACCUUCCACCAGUGGCGUGACGCCCGACAGGUCUACGGCCUCAACUUUGGUAGCAAGGAGGAUGCCAAUGUAUUUGCCAGUGCCAUGAUGCACGCCCUAGAGGUGCUCAACUCCCAGGACACAGGCCCCACAUUGCCCAGACAGGGCCCCCAGGUUCAGAAUGGCCCCACACCAGAGGAGAUGGACCUGCAGAGAAGGCAGCUUCAGGAGCUACAGAGACAGAAGGAGAUGGAGCGUGAGCAUCAAGAGAGGGAGCGCCAGGAGCGGGAGCGCCAGGAGCGAGAGAUGCUGGAGCGCGAGCGACAGGAGUGUGAACGUCAGGAACGGGAGCGCCAGGAGAAGGAGGCACAGGCGGAAAGGGAGAGACUGGAGCGGGAGCAGCGGGAGCAGCAGGAGCGCGCUGAGCGGGAGCUGAUGGAGAGGGAGAAGGCGGAGAGGGAGAGGGAGCGGCUGGAGAGGGAGCAGCAGGAGCAGUUGGACAGAGAGCAGCAGGACUGGGAACGAGGGAGACGCAUCUCCAACGCCGCUUUCGAAAGCACCCUGUACACUCCCACGCAUCAGGAGUACAGCAGGACAUCCUCCACACCUGUAUCUCCAUCCACGCCCACCUACCCGGCUCCUGGGACGCUAUCGGCCUCCUCCACCACUCCCCCAACCCCGCCUCUAAGGCAUUCGGCCUCCCGAUUCGCCACGUCGCUCGGUUCUGCCUUCCACCCGGUCCUGCCUCACUACGCCACGGUCCCGAGGCGACAGCAAGCCUUUCCCCAAGCCCCACCUCCUGCUCCUGCUCCAGUCCCCGCCCCGGUCCCUGCCCCGGCCCCGGCCCCACCUCCUCCACCCAAGUCUGUGGUGUGGUCAGCGUGCAACUUCACUCUGCCCCCCUCACCGCCUGUCAUGAUAAGCAGCCCCCCAGGGAAGGCUGCAGGUCCGCGGCCGCUCAUCCCCAUCGCAACCCCGUCUCCUCUCACCCAGAAGCCCCCCUCGCCGGCCCCCAACGGCCCGCCCAUGUUCCCCGCACCUUCUCCCGUGACCAUCCCGCACAGCCACACCCCUAUCGGCAUCGCCUGCCCCACCCCGCCUCCCCCUACCCCGCCCCCUCUCCCCUCCCCCAUAGCUCUCCCUCAGUCUUCCUCCUCCGUCUCGUCUCCCCCCUCCUCAUCCCAGGCUCCUGGUGUGCCCUCUCCCUCCACAGCACCCCCUGCUGCUGCAGCCGCCGCCACCUCUGCCUCUGCUGAGCACCUCUCCCUCCCUGUGGGCCUGGGCCUGUCGGGGCCAGGGGAGCCGGACACAGCUACAGGCCCAGAGCCCCACCCGCCUCAAACCCGGGGUUGACAACCCCACCCCUCCCCACCUCCACCCCUACCACCCGGCUCCACUGUGACCUCCGCGGCCACCAUCUCCACCACCCCAGCCGGCCACCCUCCCCCACCCCCACCUCCUCCACUCCCUCCUACACUGACUCCAGGCGGGACGCCCCCUCCUCCACCAGGUCCGCCUCCCCCUGGAGCCCCGCCCCCUCCCCCGGCACCUCCCCUUCCCACCGGACUGUUCUCUCCUGCGGAGGACCGCCCCCUCUCAGGUCUGGCCGCUGCCCUCGCCGGAGCCAAGCUGCGCAAAGUGCCACGGAGUGAUGAUGCAGGGGCAGCUCUGGCAGCAGCCAUGUUGGGGGCUGGAGGGGCCGCGGGGGCCAAAUCUGAAGCCAGAGGUAACGGCCCUCUGCCUGGAGGAGGAGGGCUUAUGGAGGAGAUGAGCGCCCUGUUGGCCAGGAGGAGAAGAAUUGCAGAGAAGGGCUCGUCACCUGAACCUGACCAGAGAUCAGAGGAGGGCGAGACAAACACGACCCCUAAAGUGUCAGCCUGUAGCACACCAGACACGCCCAGGAAGCCAUGGGAAAGAACAAACACCAUGAACGGUAGCAAAUCUCCAGUUAUCGGAAGACCUAAAUCCACUCCUACACCGACUGCAUCCUUAAGUGCCAACGGUGUGCCAACAGAUGCUGUUGACUAUGACAGAUUGAAACAGGACAUUCUGGAUGAGAUGAGGAAGGAGCUGUCAAAGCUAAAAGAAGAGCUCAUUGAUGCAAUCAGGGAGGAGCUGGGCAAGUCCAGCACGGCGUAGAGGAUCCACACGCCCUCUUCACAACAUCUGCAUCCACAUGACCCGACAGACAACCACAGCCAAUCGAAGACAUGACAAUACCGGAACAGCGGACAAUAAAAUCAGCAAAACGGUGGAUGAUGACAAUACUCAUUUUAACACUGAGAGAGGCCAAUGUUUGGGGCAGAGCAGCGGCGGACAGAACAACACAGGGCAGGGUGUUGGUGGGAGGGUUGUAACUCUGAUAGCUGUGACUCACAGAAUCCAUUCUAUGAAGGCUUGUGUUUCUGCUGGCGCCCCACCCCACCCCACCCCCUCCCUCCCUCCUGCUGAGGGCAUCGCCUCCUGGAAGACAGUGCACGGUCUGAAAGAGAAGCGAAUGUCUUUAUGCAAAGAUGAUUUCUCUCUUUGUCCUAUAAUAGCAAGAAAAAACACACAAAAAAACACUCUUGAACUCUUCGAUGAUACUGUAUUAACCAUUGGCGCAUAAGUGAACAGCAACGCUGAUGCUAAGAAUCCGAACUUUUGUGAUUUACUAUCAAAAGGCACGUUUUAUUAAGAGAGUUUGGAGACAGGAAGAAGGUGGGUAUGGAAAAUAAAAACUUUUUUUCCCAUAAUGCCAUAGGGGUAGCGUGCGUGCGUGUGUGGGUGUGUGUGGGUUUGUGUGAGUGCGUAUGGGGGACUGACAGUCUCUGGUGAGGUCCACCAUGCAGGACACUGUAAAGCUUGUCUUCCUCAAAUACUAUUUUAACCUGAAUAUGUACAAAAGAGAGAAAAAGUUAUUUAGGAAAAAAAAGUAUCUAUCAACCAUGUCUGUUUCAGUGUAGAUCUAUGGCCAUAUCAAGUAGCUCAAUAAUCCAAUCUUUGAACAAGAUGCUCUCUCGUCUGUCUCUUCGUCUGUGGAAUCAUAACCGGAUGUGUUGUUUCCCUCCUGAAGUGAGAGCUCUGUGGAGACGUUUUACUGUCAUUUCUUUGUUCGCGCUGUUGAGUGGCAGGUGGACGAGACACGGAGGGUCGCUGCCUGUCAGACAGCAGCCAUUGUAGCUCUCUACCAAACUUUAUCUAUUAACAAGAAGUGCUGAUUUGCUAAUACCCGUCAUGCUCGUUGACCAUGGCCCGACGUGUAGAUAGAACUGACUUUUCCUUCCAGUCCGUUUUGAUUUGAAGACUCUCACUCCCCCUUUCUCUCUCAGUCGCUGUCAUGUCCGUCAUAUUUAGGUGCAUGUAGGGUUACUUUCUUUAUAUGGUGAGGGUCACAAGUCUGCCACGAAAUUGCAUUAAAUGUCACAAGUUUUAUUACAAGCAAUAAGUGUAGCAUCUAUUUUAAAGCCCACCUGUCCCAGUCCCAACACCGCCAACCAUUUCUCCAGUGUCUCUGUCUGUCCUUUUUGGCCCUCCCAAGCCCCCGUUGGACAAUGUUACUGUGUGACACCACGCCACCUCUUGUCAACUGUAUCGCAGAUUUUCUGUGAAACUGAAGGCUAGCAUGAAAGAAUAUCAGAGCAACACUGUAAGACAUGAUUUCAUGGAAUAACAUCAUUUCUAAAUCACAUACUCUCUAAUACUCUCCUUUUUUAUUUUUUUUCUAUGAAAUCCAAGGAUACUGUAUCUUUAGCCACAUUGGAGCUGAACUGAUUUUUUUAUCCUUUAUUUUUAUUUGACUGCAUUUAUAAAGUAAAACUUUUGAAACGUGCACAGGACAACCCAAAUGAGUAAGAGAUGGUGUCCACGUGAGGACAUGAAUGUGCCAUUUACUAGUUCACCAGUGCUUAGUGAUGCUGUGUUUGUUUCAUCUUUUUUUCUUUGCCUUUUUCUGCUGCCGCUGUCAAAUCCUUAAAAUGAGAAAUUGUAUUUUCUCUGAGAUUUUUCAUAGAUAAGGGAACUAUCACUUUAUUCUAAAAACACUUUUGUUUCAACAUUUCCUUCAGUUCAGUGCUGAGUUUGUUUCACUAAAAGCUCAAAAUACAAUCAACCUGAGAGGUGUAUGUUGUGAGCGGAGAGACUGAUGUCAAGGUAACAGAUAAAGUCCAUUUUCCAAUUCUGCUCUCUUGUUGUCUAAACGAGAUCUUGGGGAGGGACAGCUCCACUAAUACAAUCAAACCUCACGGCUGUCUAACAGGACAAGCUUGGCCCAUCCUGAACAAGUUGUAAAACGAUGCUUUGUGAUUUAGCAUCUACAGUGUGAAUUUUGUGGUAUCGUGGUUGUGACAUGCAUCAAAUUGAGAACUCACAAGGCAAUGCAGUGCGCACACUAUCACCGCAGUUCAACCUUAAUGUGACAGUUCUGGCUCCCUUGUAACAGUAACUUAAAGGGGCACUCCAGUGAUUUAGUAUUGCACUUCCAUAAAGUUGGGAGACUUGCAAUAGGCAUGUUUUGAAAAAAGAAUGGUCAAAAUCGAGUCAACGAAGGUGGAAAUAUCCUGACUUUUACUCCUACAAUUCCUAUAAUGCAACUCAAGAGCAUCUUUUCAUUAGACGCUCCCUGCCUGAUAAAUGUAGACAUCUUUCAAACUCCAUGCUCCCAGUUUGCAAUGCUAGAUUUCCGUUAAAAAAUGUGUAGUAUACGAGCCUAGGCAGAGAUAACCCUGGUGACAUCACUAUGACAUCAUCAGGGGUAUUUCUCAGACUCGACAAAGCACAGAAGACAUUAUACAACUGUUUUCACAGGCUGAGUAGUACUCCUCAUGACAAAACAUGUGUAAAAUCAGUGGAGUGCUCCUUUAUAUUGUGAUUAGGAGAACCAGCUAAGGAGUUCUCAUCAUGCCUUGCUUGUCCCCUGGGAUCCUAGCGAAAGGGUUGCUAAUUAGUGGCUGGCUGUGGCUGUUGGAUCUCAUUCAACAAGACUGUGUUCAAGGGCUUGGAUGUUAUAGCUUUGCUACAAAAGAUGAGAAAUCACUGAUUUGAGAAAAUUAUAUUUCCCCACAGUUUCUCUCGUUUGCUUUGGAUUGGGUCAGUUUUUGUCAAAUUUGUUAAAAAUACUGUAAUGAUACGGUUUAAACAUACAGAUGCCAUAAUCCUUUGGUUUGAGUGGAGACCGGAGUUUUGGGCAUCUUUUUUUAGAUUUCAGAUCUGUUUCACGCUCAAUCUCUCUGUUGAUGAAGUUGUUUCAUCUUCUCCUCCACCUUUUAAAAUGGAAACACCCAGCCAAGAGGCUCCCUGACUCAGUGUUUACACAGCAGAGACCGCACUUUAAGACAAAAACCCACAAAGCAAUCCAACAUGCUCUGACAACAGUUGCUUACAGCCUCUGUCGCCAACAGUGUGGCUAUUUCACCAAAGGAUUCAACUCGGCAGUCUCCUGCUAAACAUAAGCCUUUCUUAUUUUUCUAUCAUUUUGUCAAGAGAUGUGUAAAAAAAAAUUAAAAAAAGGGAAGAGAUCAGUCUCUAUGUUCAGUCCUUUGGACAUGAUGGCAGGUAAAAUGUUUUGAUCAAGAAAAGUGUCUCUUUGUGAAGCUAUGUGGUUUGUGCCUUGUUCCGAAGUUGCAUUUAAUAUGUCAAAGAUAUAAAGAUGACUAGUAAUAAUAUCUGGGGACUGUCAUUAUGAUCACAUGUAGUUAUUCUUUUAUUUGUCUUUCUUUUUUCCAUCAUGGUCAUGUUGAUUUGAAGGGAGAAUUCGAUGGCCUUUGUACUGUUCCCUACCAAGAAAACAUCUUUGCACCAAGAUCUUCUUUGUUUGCUUUUUUACAUAAAUGUGUACAAUCAAACCUUUGAGACACGAGGCCUAGAAGGGUUCAAAGAUGAUCUUGGCUCUGAGAUGAUUUUUCUAAACCUAAAGCCCAGAUGAGUCUGGCUGCAGUGUUCUGUGUUCCCUCAUGCCAUUUAAAUGUCACAGAGACUGUUUGUUUUCAGCAGCUUAGUUUUCCUUACAUGCUUGGAAAUCAGUUUCGUCCUCUGCACCGAGGUCUGCUCCCAGUUAACGUCAGAUUGCUGAUGGAAACAUUUAUAUCUUUGUCCGUAAACCCAGUUUUCUGCCGAGGGAGCUGAAGGGAUUGUGAAUUUGCAGGAAUAUUUGCAGAGAUGAAUUUGGCUUAAGCAAGUUUCAUGGAUGGGUUUCCAGACGUGUUCUUUUAUCAUCGGCAUUGUACCAUACUGUUCUCAUGUUAAUUAGUCUUUUCUUACAUGCUAACAUAUUGUUUUGUUUGAGCAAAUUAAAUAAAAAUUGCAAUACAAGACUA